AAACAGAAGGUCCGUUCUUGAAAAUACAUACCUAAACUUACCCGACUCACUAGGGUUGCUUCUGUAUUAAUUUCGAAUUUUAAAAAGGAGUAGGUAAUAUAAGUUUACAGACAUACAUACAUCGAUUCGUUUAUACAUACAUCUUAUCAUGUUUACAUUCCUAAGAGACUGCAUUUUGACGUACAUGACAGUAGGUACCUACGUAGCGGCGGGGACGGCAAGUGAGCAACGCGCGCACAGCCCGACUAAGCUCUGCCCGAGAGUGCCCGAGAACGCCUGUAAAUGUAACGUCUGUGUGCGUAAAUGUCACGUGUGUGCGUGCGGCGAAAAUGGCACUUUGUACUGAGCGGACUGCUCCGGCGUGCGCCUGGGACCGUGCGAAGUGCGUGGUGGGGGUAAGUAAAGCGAUCCCAGCGCAUAAGGUGGUAAAAAUUUGAACUAACUGCGGAUAGCGUCUUUAACAUUUCGUACAAUUAUAUGGCUCGAAAUGAAACUUUGAUUUACGAUUACUCCUGAAAUAUUCAUUUAAAUUGUAUGGUGUAAGGGACCAUUGUAAUCUGUAUGAAAUGCUUAAUAUAACUAACGUAUUUAUUUUGAUAAUUGUUAAUGAUGUAUCCAUGUAAAUAGCUUUGCAAAUGCCACAUAUUACGUGAUCUUUUUCUAGAAGUUAAGAAUGGAUAUAGUAAGUUAUCCUUAAAAGAUAGACAUUUCACAUCGCGGAGUUUUUUGUAGACCUAUGAAUGAGAAACAACCCCACGAUACAUUGUGUUGUUAUAGCUCAAACGGAUUAGGUAGCGUUUUCGAUUAAAGCUCCUAGCCAGCGUGAUUUUUUCCGACAACAUCGUUAUAUUUCAAACAAUUUACACAAAACCUUAACAAGUUAUAUACUUAAGCCUUCCUCAAGAAUCACUCUAUUGAUAGAUGAAAGUCGUAUGAAAAUCCGUUCAGUAGUUUUUAGUUUUGGAGUAGUUUUAUGAGAUGUAGUGAAUUGAUGUUUUCCCCUAGAAUUGCGGACACUAGGUUGCGUGACAGUCGUGCACGCUCCCAUUACUCCCAUAACUAACACACAUGUUUGACAGCACAGACUGGAAGUGUUAUUUUAAAGAUCAUAAUUAUUUUAUUUUAUCAUUCAUAGACAUUUGCCAUUUAUGAUAAUAUGCAUACGUUUCUGGUUGAAGAAAUAUCACUUUUGACACUGUCAGAUAAUAUCCUCAUCCCCUUAACAAAUCCAGAUCAAAUUCAUAACCUGUUAUUACAAUAAGAAUACGUCUCCAGAGUCCAGACCAAAGAGUAAAGUUCAUGUAAACCCCGCAUACAGGCCCCUUAACGUGGCCUAGGAUCAAAGAAUAUAUGUUACGCAGAAUGUGAGGCAAGAGUCCAAUAUUUAUAAACUUUACUCUUUGUGUAAUAUACUUACUUUACUCUUUGCAAGAUUCUCCUGAGUUAUAAGUUUGGUUAUAAGGAAGUCGCUAGUUUUUUUUUCUAACACUGCAAAUACAAGACAAAAAAAACAGUCUCUUUGGUAACCGUUUCCAAGCAACUUUAAAUUUAGUCAAUAUUUACAAUUUACCAAUGAUAUCCAUGUGACACGGUUCCGGGAUUAUUUUAAAGGUAGAGAGAUAUUAGAGAAUCGCGAGAAACGUGCCAAAAUGGAGUUCACACCGGGAAAUAUGGAGAAGUUAGUGGACUUGUUGCGAGUUCCAGAACCCGACGUAAUACAGGGCGAGGACUUGGUUUCUUCUGGUUGCGAAAUUACUUCAACACGAGGAAAACUGCCUAAUAACGAAUAUGUAAAAAGCACCCCUAAGACCAUAGAGGAGUUUGAGGAACAAGAAGCUAAGGAAGCGGAAGAGCUGAGCCACGUGGGUGCAGGCCUGGACGGUCGCAAGGCGCCGGAGUACACUAUGAAUUAUCGACAAGCUGUCAGCGCGGAGGACGUGUUUCUUCAGAUCGGUCCAAAAUCGCCAGGCUCGGCUAGUUGUGAGAACCUCAUAGUCCGGAUCAAAAUGCCUGGUGACAAAAUGGAGAACAUAGAUUUGGCGGUAGACACCAGCAGCGUGACUGUCAACUCCUCGCAGUACUGCCUUAAGCUGCCGCUGCCACACGACGUCGACCCAGACAGGUCCAAAGCCUCCUGGGAUUCCACUGAGGAAACUUUGGUUUUGACAUUGAUGCUGCAAAGGGAGUUUGAUUUUGUUAAUUUCUAAGUAAUAUUCGUUUUAAAUAUACUUAAUCUGUAUACUACAACUUUUCUAAUACCAUUAACAACUCAUUGAUUCACAAUAAAUAUCUAAUAUCUACGCGUA